AUGAGUCUGUCUCAGCAUAUUAUCAGCAUCAUCUCAGGUUUACUCCUAAUUUCAGUGUGUCCAUGUUACAAUAAACUGACCUGUAAAGACGGCCACAGCGGACCAACCUAUGAGUCUAUGCAGGCUGUGUUUGACCUAAAACCCUUCAGGCCGGCAGUGAACCUCAGCAAUCCCACCAUGAGCAACAUCUCCUUCACCCUGUAUGCAGUCCUUGGCGUGAAUGAGAAAACCCAAAUACUCACUACUUUCUUGUGGCUAAGGCUGUACUGGCACCAUGAAUUCCUGGUUUGGGACCCUGAUGAGUGUGACGGUGUGACCAGGAUUUCUCUCCCUGUGAAGCAGCUUUGGUCUCCAGAUAUCAUUGUAUAUGAGUUUGUGGAUGAUGAUGUUUCCCAAGCGUGUCCUUACGUCUACGUCAACCACACAGGUCACAUCCGCUGGGACAGGAUGCUUCGGCUUGUCUCAGCCUGCAACCUGGAGAUCUUCAGUUUUCCUUUUGAUGUGCAGAAUUGCACAUUUACAUUUGGAUCCUACAUGCACACUAUAAGGGAUGUGAGGGUCGGUCCUGCACUCACCUUUAAGGAAAUGUCUGGAAACUCAAAGCGUUACCUUGAAGCCAGUGGAGAGUGGGAGCUGGUGGACAUUUUGGGAGAGACCUCCAUCCUCCAGUUUGGGAUUGAUGAGUGGGACAUCAUCACUUUCUGGGUGGUCAUAAAGCGACGUCCAGUGCUCUACGUGGUCAACCUGCUGAUCCCCAGCUCCUUCCUCAUGCUCAUCGACAUCCUGUCCUUCUACCUGCCCCCCCACAGCGUUGACCGCGCUUCUUUCAAAAUGACCCUCAUCCUGGGCUACACUGUCUUCCUGCUCAUCAUGAACGACCUGCUGCCCAGCACAGCAAAUGGCACACCCAUCAUAGGAAUCUAUUUCUCGGUGUGUCUGGCUCUAAUGGUCAUCAGUCUUCUGGAAACGGUCAUCAUUACCAAUGUCCUCCACCACAGCUCCAUGAAAUAUCAAGAGGUUCCAAACUGGGUGAGGGUGGUUGUCCUUAAACACAUAGCCAACCUCAUUUGCUACCGAUGGCCUGAGGACAUCCAGCGCCCCUCCAAGCCACAGACAGGUAAACCUGAAAGCUCAAGUGGCGGUUCAGAGUCGUGGAUCAUCCAACCAGCCAGUCAGACACCUGCCCAGCAUCCGAUCAGCAGCGGAGUUAGUGGCACGAGUACAGCUGCUCUGCCUGAACUGCAGCAGAUCUGUCAAUACCUCAGCGACCUUCGUGCCCACCUCACCUCGCUGCAGAAGGAGAGCGAGCUGCAGGACCAGUGGUGCCACGUAGGAUAUGUCCUUGACUUCCUGCUCUUCCGCAUCUAUCUGCUGCUCAUUUCAUGUUACGCACUGGUCAUUAUCUCCAUGUGGUGCGUCUGGAUCAGCCAGUCCUAA